AUGGCGAGCACAUUCUCUAUCAAGUCCCUAGCCAUAACCAUCCUCGCCAGUCAGGUCUCGUCUAGCGACGGCGCCGUGAUAUCAGUGAGAUCCGAUGUACCUGCCGGAUAUGUCGCCGCGCCCUACUAUCCAGCGCCGUACGGCGGCUGGGCCUCGGACUGGACAGACAGCUACAGAAGAGCGAAAGCCGUGGUCGAUACAAUGACGCUGGCUGAAAAGACCAACAUCACCUCCGGAACUGGAAUCUACAUGGGAAACUCUGGCAGCGCUCUCCGUGUCGGAUUCCCUCAGCUAUGCCUCGCAGACUCGGCACACGGCCUCCGUCAAGCCGACAACGUGACGGUGUUCCCGUCCGGAAUUACGACGGGCGCCACCUUUGACAAGGACUUGAUGUACGCUCGCGGUGUUGCCAUAGGCAAGGAGUUCCGAGGCAAAGGCGCCAAUGUCUACUUGGGACCGAGCGUGGGCCCCAUAGGUCGAAAGCCCCGAGGCGGUCGAAACUGGGAGGGCUUCGGGGUCGAUCCUGCGCUGCAGGGUAAGGCUGUUGCCCUGACGAUCAAGGGCGUCCAGGAGCAGGGCGUCAUCGCCACGAUCAAGCAUCUCAUAGGUAACGAACAGGAGAUGUAUCGCAUGUACAACCCUCUACAGCAGGGCUACAGUUCCAACAUUGAUGACCGAACGCUACAUGAGCUGUACCUGUGGCCUUUUGCGGAUGGUAUACACGCUGGCGUAGGUUCCGUGAUGACGGCCUACAACGCGGUCAACGGUUCGGCAUGCAGCCAGAACAGCUACCUCAUUAACGGCAUUCUGAAAGAUGAGCUCGGAUUUCAAGGCUUCGUCAUGAGCGACUGGUUGUCGCACAUGUCCGGCGUCGGCUCCGCCCUCGCAGGUCUGGACUUCAACGCCCCAGGCGACCAGCAAGUUCCUCUGACGGGCUACAGCUACUGGAUGUACGACCUCACGAGGGCGGUGCUGAACGGAUCCGUCCCCGUGGAUCGGAUCAACGAUAUGGCCACCAGAGUUCUGGCGAGCUGGUACCAGAUGGGCCAGGACCAGGGCUUUCCUGCUCUCAACUUCGCCACGGGAACUCGCAACCGGGUGGGAGAUUUCUACCCGGCAGCCUUCCCCUUUUCUCCCAGCGGUGUCGUCAACGAGAUGGUCCAGGUCCAGGAGGACCACUACCUCGUGGCCAGGCAGAUCGCGCAGGAGGCCAUCACACUGCUCAAGAACAACGGCAGUCUCUUGCCCAUCGCCACAUCGGCGUCGAUCAAAGUCUUUGGCACCGACGCCCAGACGAACCCUGACGGUCCAAACGCUUGUGCCGAUCGAUCCUGCAACAAGGGCCUGCUCGGCAUUGGCUGGGGCUCGGGAACGGUUGACUACGUUUACUUGGACGAUCCCAUCACUGCUUUCAAGAAGAGAGCCAGCAACGUGACGUACUACAACACCGACUCCUUCCCAUCGGUGCCGGCCCCGACCGCGGAUGACGUAGCGUUUGUGUUCAUCACCUCAGAUUCUGGGGAGAAUUCGUACGUUGUAGAAGGCAACAACGGAGACCGCAGCGCGUCCGGUCUUGACGCCUGGCACAACGGCAACAAGCUGGUCCAGGACGCCGCUGCAAAGUAUCAAAAUGUCGUGGUUGUCAUUCACUCCGUCGGGCCGAUCCUCGUAGACGCGUGGAUCGACCUUCCCAGCGUAAAGUCCGUCCUGGUCGCCCAUCUCCCCGGCCAGGAGGCGGGCGAGUCCCUCGCCAACGUCGUCUUUGGUGUAGCUUCCCCAUCCGGCCACCUCCCCUACAGCAUGACACACCAAGAGUCUGACCUCCCGGCAUCUGUGACCCAGCUUGUCGGCGGCUCCCUCGGCCAACCCCAAGACACCUUCUCCGAGGGCCUCUACAUCGACUACCGCUACCUCAACAAAAACGGCAUCAAGCCGCGCUUCGCCUUCGGCCACGGGCUGAGCUACACUGCCUUCUCCUACGCCGGCGCGACCAUCAGCUCCGUGACGCCCCUGAGCGCUUCUCCGCCGGCCCGCCCGGCGAAGCAGGGCAUCCUGACCUAUACCGCCCCCAUUCCCGACUGGACCGAGGGCGUUGUGCCUGCGGGGUUCAACAAGAUCUUCCGAUACAUCUACUCCUGGUGCACAGAGUCCGAGGCCAAGGACGCCGUCGCCGCCUCCAAGACCGAGACGUACCCGUACCCGGAGGGGUACAGCACGACCCAGAAACCGGGACCCCCCGCCGGCGGCGCCCAGGGCGGGAACCCGGCUCUCUUUGACGUUGUAUUUUCCCUGUCGGUCAGUGUGACGAACACGGGCACCAAGUACUCGGGUAAGGCCUCCGCGCAGGCGUACGUGCAGUUCCCCGGCGGCGGGCCCGAGACGCCGGUGAUUCAGCUGCGCGACUUUGCCAAGACGAAGAACCUGGCGCCUGGGGAGAUUACUACCGUGACGUUGCAGCUGACGAGGCGGGAUCUGAGUGUUUGGGACGUCGUCAGCCAGAAUUGGGUUGUGCCGAAUCCCGCGGGGCGGUACAAGAUUUGGGUCGGGGAGGCGAGUGAUAAGCUGUUUUUGGCGUGCUAUACGGACACCAAGACGUGCGAGGGUGGUUUGGCUAGUCCUGUUUGA